AUGAGUAUAAUGGUGGUUUUGACUGGAAAUUGUUCAUGUCUUGGUGAGAGAGAAAGGAAUUGUCUUAAGAAUAAUAAAUGCGUACACACAUGGCUGUACACCAUUUUCUUAGUAAAUUUGACUAUGCCAGCGUUAGUUGGAUGGGAUAUAAAUGGCGUACUCUACCAGAUUAUAAAAAUAUUGCUAAGCGUUUGCAAGGCUUUACUUUGGGAAUCACGUAGGAAGGAUAAGGAAUCGCCUAAAGUGGGUAUUAAAUCCAAUUCCGGAAAGGAAUUAAAAGAAUUUCUAAAUGAAAAAAGAAAACAAAAAUCGUAUAAUAAAAACUUUUACCCAAAUAAUAAACAAGGUGGAAGGCGAGCUUCAAGCAGUUUUUUGGAACGAGGCUCAAGGAGUAAAAAUGAGAAGGAAUUGACCCAAAUUCGCCAAAAAUUAGCCAAAGAUAGAUUCCAACAAAAGCAAGCCAUCUACUCUGAUGGUAAAUCGGCACAUAUUCAAAAUAAUUUCUCCAAUAAUACCAAAGAUUACAAUACUGUUGGCUUGAUUUUGGACCACCGUUUUCAUCAUGAGAAACACGAGGAUGAUAUGGGACCUUAUUACCACGAUACUGAGGAUUUAGAUGAUUAUGAGGAGGAAGAGGAAAAUGAACAUGACAAUGUUGAAUUAGAUGAUGGAUAUUAUGAUGGAUACUUUCUAGAUGAUGACGAAGACUUCGAAGAGGAGCUUCGUAGACGGAAAAUACAUAGAAAUAAACCUAAUAGAACCUCUUAUAUUCAACUUAAUAAUCGCGAUCAAUCAAAUGAAACCAUUCCAAAAUAUAGAAAAGGAAAUAAAAGUAGCGGAUUGUUAAAUACUAUUAUGAACACUCCUAUUCGACAACCAAAUCCCCUAAUACACCCAUCAGAUGGAUUGGAACAUGAUUCAUCAAAUUCAAAAGAGCAUGAAAAUGGAGAAGAUUUGGAGGAAAAUACUUAUGACGAUUUAAACUUGUUUCCAUUAUUAGAUGAUGAGAAAAAUAAAACAGUUGGCCAUUCUGAAGAUAAAAUUGAUAAUUCGAUAACUGAAAAGUUGGAAAAACCUAAGAAACCCAAACAACAUAAUCCUAAUAAAUUACCUGAAAACAGUCUUGAAGAUGGAGAUAAUUAUAGUACAUUAGAACCAAACCCAGUUAACAAUAAACUAAAUCAUAAAGAAUCUAAUAAAGUAGAACCUAGUCCUGUUGUUAAGGAAGAUGAAGAAGAUGAUAAAUCAGAUCCCGCAAGUAUGGAUGAUAAACCAUUCUUUCAAAAGAACUUUAAAGAUAAGUGGACUGAAAAUAUGGAUUCAAUUGAUUUAAAUAUAGAACCAGACCAUAUGAAAAGUAUGAAGCAAUUGGGAGGUGAUUUUGGUGAUGAAUUUCCGGAAAUUGAGGGACACAUAAAACGACAUUCUGAACGUACACAUGAAGUUGAAAGUGGAAGUACAAGACGAGUAACAAAUAGCGAGGAUUUUAGAGAUCCAUCACUGGACUGGAACAACUCAGGUCUGGCAGCCUCAAUGCGUUAUUUAGGCUCAGGAUAUGAUAUAAUAUUUGGAAACCCACUUGGUGACCCAGUGGUAAUGAUGGACCAAGGUUACAGAAACCCAGUCAUUAAACUUAACUGGGAAGAUGAAUACCUUAAUAAAGACGGUGCUAACUUAAAAGAACCUCGUGGUUCAUGGAUCAGACCAGAAUAUUCAUGUAGACAAUCUGAAACCAUUGAUCAUGUGAAUACUGUGGAUGAUUUUAAGAAGGAGUUAUCAGUUGAUGCACAGGCAUCCUAUGGAAUACCAUAUUUCUUUUCAUUUUCUGCCUCAACAGGUUACAAGAACUUUGUGAAAUCCACUGCCAGUAACAAGGUUCGCACGUACAUAACAAAGACUUAUUGUCUGAGGUAUGUCGGAGGAAUUGUGGAUUAUCACUCAUUGGAGACUACUGAGGAGUUCAAAAAGGCCGUUGCAGCUCUUCCUGAUCGUUUUGAUUCGCACCGCUGCACACUUGAUAUGUUUAAAUCAAACGAAGAUGACCCGAUGUGCGCUGAGAACGUUUGGCCAUGGAUGCAAUUUAUAAAGAUGUUUGGAACACACUUUACUACAAUCGUACAUUUAGGAGGUAAAAUUACACAUCAAGUUCAAAUCGACAAAACUGAUGUACUACACAUGCAACAGAGCGGUGUCAAUGUUGACCUGGCUGUAAAGGCCACAAUUUCUCCCAGUUUUGUAGACUCACUUGAGGUUGGAACCACAACCAACACAGAAAAAGGUUCAGUUUCACUCUCAAAUAAUCUUAAAUAUGAAAAACAAGUGUUGGUAAUUGGUGGAGAUGGAUUAGUAGAUAGUAAGGAUGUUAAUAGCUUAAAUAAUUGGGCUAGAGAAUUAUAUAAGAGGCCAAUGCCUAUUAAAAUUAAAUUGGAGUCCAUUAAGACACUUUUGGGUGAUAAAAAGGAUUUGUUUGACGAGGCUUUAAGAUUUUAUUCUGAAACUUAUGGUGUUUCUCCUGAUGAGAUUUAUAAAAAAUAUGGAAAAGAAUUUGGAAUCGCUUCUGCGAUUGAGAAAGGACAUCAAAUAGUAUAUAGUGGAAAUAAGAGUGGAAGUGCAGUUUGUCCUAAUAAAACAGUGAUAAUAAUGGGAUUCUCAUUAUCUAUUGUAAAGAAGAAAAACUUGGUUGGCAAGAACGUGUUCUCACUUCAUAUAACACAGUGCCCGGUAGGAGAGGAAAAGUGUAUAGUUUCAAGUGACAAUCCAAUGUCCGAAUCAAGAAUCUGGGCUAUCUGUGGUGAAGAUACCAUUCCACUACUCAAUCAACAAACUUCUUCAAAACUAGAUGAACCGGCAGUGGCAUCAUGUCCAGCUGGAUAUUCAAUAGCUUAUGGUUUUGCAUUAUCAGUUCCUAAAGGAAAUGUGACUUUAAGUACUGAUUCCUAUGCUUGCAGGCCGGGAACUCAGUCUUGUACUCAUGAAUCUACUGAUAAAUCAGCUACAAAUGCUGUUUGGAUCGCAUGUGUUGAAAAUGGAGCACCACAACUCACGGAAAUAUCAAAUCAUGUGGUGAGCACAAGUAGUCGUUACUGUUCUAAUAAAACGAAAGAUAAUAAAUAUGAUGAUAACUCUUGUCCAAUCAACUCAAAACUUAUUGCAGGAUGGUCGAUGGAAUUUUCUGAGACUGACAACAACUCUAACAAGAUUGAAAAGUGUUCAAAGGGCACUUUCGGUUGUAAAGUCGACCAACUAAUGAAAACUGAAAACAAGUGCAGAUCGCAUUACUCCUGGAUCUCAUGUCUACAUGAGGAAGGCGCCUGUUCCACUGAAAAGACUGAAUCUACAUAA